UUCGGCGCGGCGCGUGCCAGAAAUAGACAUCCGUAUCCCUUGCGACGUAGGGGGUGCAACGACAUUUAAAACGUUCUGCACAAGAGAAAAACACCCUCAGUCCGUUUCAAAGUGCUCGUGGAUGUGGUGCUCUCGACGUUCUUUUCCCUUCUCCUUCGUUUAUUUAUAUAUUUAUCGAUCAAGCGAUUAAUCUCAGGUUGAAGCGUGUAAUGGAUCAUCGAGUCGGUUCAUCCAGUCUGCCUUCUAACGAAUGCGAAUUAAUCGCCGUUUAACCAAUUAGGGUGAAUCAAGAGACGGUCUGGGUGUACGGUUUUAAUGAAUCUGAUCAAUCAUCCUAUCUACGUUUUGGCAACGAGUAAUACACAAAGUGUUUGAAGCUUGAAUAACAAAGUGAAAAUAAAGAUAAGUCGACGAACAGAUCCGAUAUCAUGGUUAAAAACGGAACUGGCCCCGUGAUCCGGAUGUCCUCCACAGGCACGCAUGCCGCUGGAGGUGUCGAGUGUUGCUUCUGCAGAUGUUGCACGUGUAUACAUCUGGAAUUUUUGAAAACGUUGCCCGGUGUCCUAAAACUCUGCGAAACGAUUAUUAGCGGUUUAAUACAGAGUUUGUUAAUUAAUUACGGUCUGAGGUACAGUACAACGAUUGGCUCAGCUUUUGAAGGAUCUUUGACCACCUCUUCCGCUUGUUUCUUAACGUCAGCGGUAUUACUUGCCUGUUACAUCAUAUCCGAAAAAUCGUAUAGGCUAAUCAAAUCAUCGUUGUUUGAACUGAUGUUCAACUCUUUAGCCUCUUUCCUUUAUUUAAGCUCGGCUUCUUAUCUGGCAUUUUCUACCAAGAUAUUCCUUCUUCCAGAAUAUUAUAUAAGACCAGGAUUCGAUGUUUAUCCUGCAAUGACAGCUGCUUACAUUAUGAGUGGCUUUGUUGGAAUAUUGCAUGGGGCAGACGCAUACUUCUCUUACACCCAUUACAGGACCGGAAGAUGAAUUUCAGGGGGAACGAAGUACGUAUAAAAAUGUCACACGAUUCGUCAUCGAAUCAAGGCUCGAAUACGAUGCAUAAAGUGAG